AUGUCGGUCGCCGAUGUUGAUGAAAGAGUUUUUGAAGAAUUACAGGCACUUGAGGCAAUAUUUUCUCCAGAUAUUAUAAUCAAAUGGGAGGAUGGUGUUCCAAAGGGUAUUGAAAUGAAUGUGCUGCCUUCGACGUGUGAUAAAAGUGAUGAGCAGUAUGUCCGUUUGACCUUAGAGAUUUAUCUAUCUCCUGACUAUCCUGAGAGUAGCCCCAAGGUCAUCAUGAGAAAUCCUCGAGGCCUGGAUGAUAGGAUCCUUUCAUGCAUUCAAACUGAUAUAGAAGACAAGUUAAUUGACAAUAUAGGACAUCUUAUUGUUUAUGAAUUGAUAGAGAUGGUACGGGAAUGCCUAACUCAAUGCAACCUACCACGAGGUCAAUGUGCAAUUUGUCUGCAUGGAUUUGUAAAAGGAGAUAUAUUUAUAAAGACUCCUUGUUUCCACUAUUUUCAUAGUCAAUGUUUGUCUAAGCAUUGUAUUGCUGGCAAGAAGUACUAUGAUGAGGAGUUUGAGAAAUUACCGAUGUGGCAACGGAUGGAAGCAAAGCCUCAUCAGCAAACCUGUCCGGUAUGUAGGUCCACAGUUCAGUUCAAUGUGGAUGAUCUGAAGAAAGCUCCGCCGCCGGUUGAAUCCAUUGAUGCCCAGCCUUUCCAUCUCACUGAUGAAAUUAAGGCAAUGCAAGAACGUAUGGCAGCGCUCAUGGCUCACCAGAUAGCUCGUGGGGGAGUCAUUGGAGUAGGAGAUUCCGAACCCCCGCCGCUCAUCAUCACUGAUCGCACUGACCAGCAGGAGCCAAAAUCAUCGUCUAGUGGCACCCAAAACCCAAGACCUGAAACAUCAAACAGUGUUCGUGGUAUGGGCAAUUCCGCUUCCGGUGCGCCUGCUUCGCCCACACGCCCGCCCUACCGUGGACCUUACAGGGGAUUCAAUCGUCGCGGUAAGCCAGGUAGGCGUGGUCGCGGCGGUUCGCGGUGA